CACGGCUUCAGCUGCUGCCUCUACAGGAACGUCUGAUAUGUCUUCCAUGUCGGGAAUGGGUUCCAUGUCCAUGGUUUUUACCACCGUUCACAACACCCCUCUCUACUCAAAGGCAUGGACUCCCACCUCCACAGGCGCAUACGCUGGCACCUGUAUCUUCCUCAUCGUUCUGGCCAUUCUCUCCCGCUUACUGCAAGCCUGGAGACAUACCCUCGAACAGAAGUUCCACGACAAGGCCAUGAAGCGUCGCUACAUUGUUGUCAAAGGAGAGCAGGAGGGUGAAAAAUUCCCCGAAGAGUCAGAAGUCGCCAAGGAGAAGUCAGAACAGCAAGCCAUCUUGACAUCUCGCGGCCUCAACGAGGAAGUCCGCGUCAUUACAGCAAAGUCAAGAAGCAUCGAAUCCGCUCCUUGGAGAAUCAGUACCGACCUCCCGAGAGCUUGCGUCUACACUUUACAGGCUGGACUUGUCAUGACCUUGAACGUCGGAUACUUCCUCUCCGUCCUUGCAGGCCUGUUCGUUGGUGAACUGGCCAUUGGCAGAUACGCUUCGCCUGUGGAGGAUCAUCAC